AUGGUCUCGCCGUUCAUGCCGAAUGGCACCCUUCGCGACCAUGUGUCCGAUCCAGACGAUCCUGUCUCCCUUGACGAGAAGUUCCGUCUGCUCUACCAGGUGGCUUCGGGGAUGGCCUAUCUCCAUAGCCGUCGCAUCAUCCACGGCGACCUCAAAGCCGCCAACAUCCUCCUCGAUAGUGGAUUCAAUGCCGUCCUCAGCGACUUUGGGCUGUCACGCACCAAACACACGUCUGCCUCGCUGGACCGCAACCGAUCCAGUGACCUGAACGGCGGCACUGAUGGCUAUAUGGCCCCCGAGAUGCUUGACGACGAUGACCCUAGCGGCACGACCAUGAAGACAGACGUCUACGCUUUCGCCAUCACAAUGCACGAAGUCCUCAACGACGCCAAACCGGUCUGGGUCACGAAUGAUGGACAACCUAUGCGCCCCAUUACAAUUGCGUUGCAAACCUGUAGCGGCAAGCGCCCCAAGCGGGUCAGCGGCGUCCCAACCGAUAUCUGGGCCCUCAUCGAACGCUGCUGGGCUCACCACCCGAUCGAUCGCCUUGAAUUCCCUGAGAUUCUCUCCACCCUCCGUCGAUUCAACCACGCUUCAGUGCAUACCGAGUCUCCACCCCCGUCUGGUCGAACCAGCGAACGUAUGUUCGAUGGCAUCGACUCGGCCAUCCACCUUCCAGGCCCUCUCGUUUCCUGUGUCAAGCAAGGCAAUCCUGAAGCCUGUCUCGAGGUUGCCAAGUUUGGUGCGGAUGGUCGAUCAACCCAGCUCCACAAGGCCUCUUCGGACCAUGGCAACCUCGAAGCAUCCUUCCAGCUGGCCUGGUUCGUGUUCCUGGGCGAAGGAGUGCCCCAGAACGACCAUACCGCCUUUUUGCUUUGGCAGGAGGUCAGUACCAAGUCGGAUGACAGGGUCCUCAAACCCAUCGCCACCCACAUGCUCGGCUGGAUGCAUUACCUUGGCCGAGGUACCGAGCGAGACGAGCAGAAGGGAAUCAAAAUCAUCCGUAACAACGAAUCGGAUGAGUUUAAGCUUGGGGAAAGCGAGUGCCUUGCCGUUUGGUUUAUGGCCCCAAGCAACACAUCCGUGUCUUGCAAAUUCUUUGAGCAGUGCCAGCUGGGAUCGGAGCGAGACUGGCUCUGCAAGCACCUCGUGGCCGUCUGUCUGCACUUUGGAUUCGGAACCACUCAAGACCAACAGAAAGCAUCGGCUAUUUUCGAGCAACUCGCCAACGAAGGCCACAGCGACAGUCAAUAUUGGAUGGGAGAAUGCUACAGAUGUGGUCUUGGAGUGUCGCGGGACCACUCGAGCGCCUUCCAGUGGUUCAGCAAAUCUGCCGACCAAGGCAAUUCAUACGGGCAGUGGUGGGUUGGCGGCUGCUACCACUUUGGAUUUGGAGUCGCCAAGAACGACACCAAGGCAGCCGAGUGGUUCCGCAAGUCGGGCGAGCAGGGUAACCGAUACGGCGAGUACUCAAUCGGCAACUGCUACCACAAUGGCUGGGGUGUCGCCAAGAACAUCGACACAGCUCUUUUUUGGUAUCGCCAGUCCGCCGGCCAUGGUCACGGAGGUGCCAUCAACAGUCUCUUGGCUCUUGGUUCUUGGCCCUGA